CGGGCGGGCGGCUCCUCGUCUGUGUGCUGCCGCCGAGACCGUUGUGGCCGCAUGAACCUGCGACGCUCCGCCGCGGGGAAGAGGCUGUAAAGGGGCUGUUUUCACCAGGUCGUCCGCCAGCCUAGCGGUUCUACGGUCAGACAUGAGGAUCCCUCCAGGCCCGGGCUGCUAAGGUCAGAGUGCAAACAGUCAUUCUAAGCAGUCAUGGCUGACAGAGAGGGGCUGCCCAUUGCCCCUGGCCAGGUCUACAUCGAGGUGGAGUAUGACUAUGAGUACAAGGCAAAGGACAAGAUGGUGACCAUCCGCCAAGGAGAAUGCUACAUGCUGGUGAGGAAGACCAAUGAGGACUGGUGGCAGGUUAGGAAAGAGGAGGGCACUAAACCUUUCUACGUGCCGGCUCAGUAUGUCAGGGAGGUGCGCCGGGCCCUUAUGCCCCCACAGAAGCCCCCUACAAAGGCCAAACCCACUGUUCUGGAUAUCUGCCGGGUGUCUAAUGAGAACCUCAAUAGGCCCCAACAGGAAAUGACCAGCUUUGGGCGCCCGUCACCCUCCUCCACUCCGUCACCGUCCUCAGACCGCGUCACGCCACCUGUUCUGCCCAAGGAUGCCAACCAGAAUCUGGGCAGCCCGCACCACUGCAAGGUAGUUGCGGAGCUGGUCCUCCUCCACAACAAUAACAACCAUCACCACGCCAUCAACUCCACAUUGCCGAGGACACGAGCAGAUUCACCCCCACUCAAAGUGGGUAACAACCACAGCAAGAGCCCCGAUGGUGAGAAGACCCCACCUUCAGGAGAAGGGUCAAACAAGCUGCGGAACGACUCAGAGUCUGGGGACGACUUGAGCAGCAGUUCAACAGAACAAAUGCAGACGACGUCCCCUACCGGUCAGGGCCGGUCUGAUUCACCCGUCUACACCAACCUCCAGGAGCUGAAGAUCUCUCAGUCCAGCCUGCCACCCGUCCCUUCCAGCUCCCCUCUCCACAUCCUGGGCGACUGGGAGACCCACAAAGACCUUAGUGGCAGGCACUUCUACUACAACCGCGCCACCGGAGAGCGCACGUGGAAGCCGCCCCGCACACGAGACGCCAGUGGUAGCACCAGCAGCAGCAUUCGAGGGGACCCCCCAUGCACGGCAGACACAGAGCCGCUGUCCUCAGAGGAGAACUGCCACAGCACCCACUCCAGUCAGUCUGAUAGUCAGUAUGGCUCGCCUCCUAGAGGAUGGUCGGAGGAGCUGGAUGAACACGGACAUACUCUCUAUGUCUCUGAAUACACACAGGAGAAGUGGAUAAAACAUGUGGAUGAACAGGGGCGGCCAUAUUACUACAGUGCUGACGGAUCCAGGUCGGAAUGGGAAUUACCUAAGUACAACAUUUCCCCUCAGUCCAACGAGGUGCCCAAGAGUCGCAGCCUGGAAAGGAAGCACCAGGACCCCAUUGUCCUCACCAAGUGGAGACACAGCACCUACGUCUUGGACCUCAACGACAAGGAGUGUGCUCCGCCGCCCAAGCAGAGCUCUCCUGACUCUGACUCCUGCCCCUCAUCUCCCAAGCACCCCUCAACCCCUUCAGAGAAGUGUGGAGUUCUAAAUGUCACCAAAAUAACAGAAAAUGGAAAGAAAGUCAGGAAGAACUGGACCUCCUCAUGGACCGUUCUACAGGGUUCAUCUCUGCUCUUCGCCAAGGGUCAGGGGGGCAGCACCAGCUGGUCUUACUAUCGUAGCAGCUCCAUCCCAGAGUUGCUCCUCGCUCUGCUUAGCAACUGGAAGCGUUCAGUCAAGUCCCGCCCGGCUGUCUCCUAUAUGAACUGUGGGCCUGUCCAGGCUGCCACUAAGUUUGGCAGUAACCAGUCAAAGCCCGAGUUCACCGUUGAUCUCCGUGGCGGGUCGGUGGAGUGGGCCUCAAAGGACAAGUCCAGCAAGAAGCAUGUUAUUGAGUUGAAGACCCGCCAAGGGACAGAACUGCUGAUCCAGUCGGAGAUAGACAGUGUCAUCAACGACUGGUACCGUGCUCUGACAGAGACCAUCAGCACACAUGCCUGGGAGUCUGACGAGGCUAUUGAGGAGGACAUGCCUGAGUCACCAGGAGCAGAAAAACAGGACAAGGAGAAGGACCACAGGGACUCCAAGAAGAACCGGGUCAUGAAGACGUCUGUCAGUAUGGACUCCUCCGACCAGAAGAAAACCAGAGUCAAGCUGAAGAAGUUCCUGACACGCAGGCCCACCUACCAGGCCGUCCGAGACAAAGGCUACAUUAAAGAUCAGGUGUUUGGCUGCAGUCUGACCAGUCUAUGCCAGAGGGAGAACACCUCAGUGCCCAACUUUGUCAGGAUGUGUAUCGACCAUGUGGAGAACACAGGUCUCAAUAUUGAUGGCCUGUACAGAGUGAGCGGGAACCUGGCGGUAAUACAGAAGCUUCGCUUUGCUGUGAAUCACGAUGAGAAGCUUGAUUUGGAUGACAGUAAGUGGGAGGACAUUCAUGUGACCACGGGGGCUCUCAAGAUGUUCUUCAGGGAGCUCCCCGAGCCUCUCUUCACAUACGGCUCCUUCAACGACUUUGUCAACGCCAUCAAAUGUUCUGACUACAAGCAACGAGUGAAUUCAAUAAAAGACUUAAUCAAGCAGCUGCCAAAACCCAACCAUGACACCAUGCAAGUCCUCUUCAAACAUCUCCGCCGAGUGAUUGACCACGGGGAGGCCAACCGCAUGACUACCCAGAGUGUGGCCAUCGUGUUCGGGCCCACCCUGCUUCGGCCCGAGACGGAGACGGGCAACAUUGCAGUCCACAUGGUCUACCAGAACCAGAUUGUGGAGCUCAUACUGCUCGAGUAUGAGGGCAUAUUCGGAAGGUAGAGGCAUCUGCCUGGGAAGAGGAGGGCUGGCUUUUGCAAACAUGGACUUCUAUUUCUUUUCUUUUUUUCUCCUUUAAAUAUGGCUGAACUGAACAUUGCUGUGGACCAAGCAGUUGAGAGAGAAAAAUGUAAUUAUGUUCAUUUAUUAAUAAGAUGAAAUUAAAGAAAGCUAAUACACAUUAAGACUUUGCACUUAAAAAACAUUUGGGAACUGAAUUAAAAAAAAUGUACAGAUUUCACACUUUCUUUUUGGUUGCCAUUCCUGCCGCAAGUAGUGGGCUGGACUGUUGACCUUAGGAACUUGUGAGUGCUUUUCUGACUGGAUGACAGACAGUAUUGCCGUGAUGACGGAGUUCGGAGUGGUGCAGUGACAGUCUGUGUGUGCGUGUGUGUGCGUGUGUGUGUGUGUGUGUGUGUGUGUGUGUGUGUGUGUGUGUGUGUGUGUGUGUGUGAGUUGGUGGAUUUCAAUUUUCACGUUUUUGACAUACACUGGAUCCCUCUGGCCAGUAAUAAGAGUUUCAAAGUAAGCCUGGAAAAAAAAAACCCACGACUCGGGUGGCGAGAAAAGCCUCACAGGACUUGAUAACGGAAAUGGGAGCGGGAGUGCAUAUUCCCUUGUAUUACAGGCCGAACCGGGCCUAGUGCACAACAGGACCCUUCACCUCGUCGAAGGAAUAAGCUGAAACUGAACUGAAUUAGGUAUCUGUGUCGUGGGGCGUCGACUGUUCUGUUUACUUCUGUGUCUGUACAAUGUGAGCCCUCCGUGGUAUGGAUCGGGGAAUAAAGAUCAGUAUUAUGUUGUUGAACUGUCCUUUAAUCUCAAGACUAGAUUGAAAGAAAAGCACUUGGAUGAACUGGAACACAGUGUGAUUGAGCAAAUUGUGUGCGUGUGUGUCCUCGUCCUCACCGGAACAGGAACUGCCCCCCCUCCUCCCAUACACACACAAUCUUACUGUUGGUAACCAACCAUGCUAACCCUGUGACUCCAUCGCUCUGUUUAUCCCAUGACUGGAACGAGGGAAGACAAAACCUGUUUGUUUGUUUGUUUGCUUGUUUGUUUGAGCGAAUAAAAGAGUCCCCCCGUUUUCUCACUGUG